UUCGGUACUCCAGAGUGCAGCCCCUGAACCCCCGCAGACCCUCCUCCGCUCUUCCACCGCCUGCUUUCCUGGCUGACGGGCCUCUUCCCUCAGGUCCCGUCCAGAUGCCCUGCCCUCGGCCGCCCUGGCUCCGCUGCUCCCUGGCCCCUCAGGGCUCAGGCCCCAGCUCCCCGAGCUCACUCUCUGCGCCCUGCUCACCCGCCAGGGAGGAGGGCCAAGACGACGACGGCGAGGAGGAGGAAGGGGACGGCAGCCCCGGCUCGGGCCCCAUCCUGACCCCCGCGUCCCCUGUGGAGUGUCUCAUUUGCGUGUCACCCUUCAACGGCGUCUUCAAGCUGCCCAAGCGCCUGGACUGCGGCCACGUCUUCUGCCUCGAGUGCCUGGCUCGCCUGUCCCUGGCCACGGCGGGGGGCGGCGACGCGGUGGCCUGUCCGGUGUGCCGCGCGCCCACGCGCCUGGCCCCGCGCCGAGGGCUGCCCGCGCUGCCCACUCAACCGGGCCUGCUGCCCCGCGACGCGCGCGCGCCCCUGCCGCGCCAGGGAUCGGUGCGCUUUGACCGUCGCCGCGGCCUGCUGUACUUGCGGCCGCCGCCGCCCGGGCCCCGCAAGUCCCGCGCCGCGCACCCGCCGCCGCCGCCGCCGCUGCGCCUUGGCCGCCCGCUGUCUCGCCGCCUCUCCCUGGCCAGCCCGGCCUGGGUCUUCAACGCCGCGGUGGCGCUGGCGGUGCUGGUGGCCGCCGGCCUCGUCGUCUCGGGUGUCUACAUCUUCUUCCUCAUCCCCCACGCCGCCUCCUCCGGCCCCGUGCGGCCCCAGCUCGUGGCGCUCGCCCCGGCGCCGGGAUUCUCCUGGUUCCCGCCGCGGCCCGCGCCGGGGACAUCCUGGACGCCGCGCCCCGUGGGUCCUGACCUGGACACCACCCUGCCAGGGGCUACGGAGGACGUGCUGGAGCCCGAGGGGGGCUCCGAGGACAAGGCGGAGGCCGAGGGGACUCUGGACCGGCCCCCCGACCUCGUGUGGUGA